AUGCCUCGUAUGGAAAAUGAAAAUUAGGCAUACCCGGGAUCAUACCCUUAGAGGUUGUGCCUCCAACUCUAGACGAGAGGCGAGAGGUGAACAACGAGGAGGAGGCCUGGUAGAGAGGCGUGACCAGCCACAGUUCGCGACGCAAGAUCUCCUCGUGCCUGGAAACGAAGCGGACCGGUGGUCGAGAACCCUAAGGCGGUGACACACCGACCACGUACUUAGCGUUAGCUUGGUGAGAGGAAGGUGCCGCUAACUUAGCGGUACCUCUGAAUGCUAGUCGCCCGAACGGACUCGAAGUGUAUACAGAAUUGCAGAGCAGAGGUUCGAGAGUUUGCUACGAGAUUGAGCGAGCGGUGCUCGUCACGGGAUCCAGGGUUUAGGGUUUAUGUUCCAUCGAUGCGAUGAGCCGAGAGUCUUCAGAAUUCUCCGCAUUCCCUUCGUACGUGGAUCUGUAGGUGCUCUCCCGUCGAGUUUCUGCAGCGAAGAGCCUGACUUGUCUCUGACCAGCCAUCCCACCCCAUCCCGCCCCAUCCCAUCCCGACUCAAUUGCUCCCUGGCAUUCUUAUUGAAGACGGGGAGCUAUGAAGUUGGAUGUCAAUGUACUCCGGUAUCUCACGAAGGAUGAAUUUCGCGUUCUCACUGCCACAGAAAUGGGCAUGAAAAAUCAUGAGAUUGUUCCGGCAGAGCUCGUGGAGCGAAUUGCAGGGCUUAGGAAUGGUGGAGCUUAUAAAAACAUGAAGACCCUAUUGAAGCAUAAAUUAGUCCAUCACGACUCUACCAAAUAUGAUGGGUACCGGCUCACGAACUUGGGUUACGAUUAUCUGGCUAUCAAAACUAUGGUAAAUCGUGGCCUUAUUGCCGGUGUAGGACGGCAGAUCGGAGUAGGAAAGGAGUCCGAUAUCUUCGAGGUUGUCGGAGAAGACGGAAGAGUCAUGGCUCUCAAAUUGCACAGGUUGGGUCGAACUUCCUUUCGUGCAGUGAAGUCUAAGCGAGACUACCUCAAACAUCGGAGUAGCUUCAAUUGGCUUUACUUGUCGAGACUGGCAGCUCUCAAGGAAUAUGCUUUUAUGAAGGCUUUGGGAGAGCAUGGAUUUCCAGUCCCCGAGGCGAUCGAUUGCAAUCGGCACUGCGUGCUGAUGUCCCUUGUUCCAGGUUAUCCUCUAGUACAAGUGAAGGAACUAGCAAAUCCAGAUGUGGCAUUUGAGACCAUAAUGAACCUUAUUGUGCGAUUAGCUCAACAUGGUUUGAUUCACUGUGAUUUCAACGAAUUCAAUCUCAUGAUUGAUGAUGACGACCAGAUUAUAAUGAUCGACUUUCCACAAAUGGUUUCGGUAUCUCAUAAAAAUGCUCAAAUGUACUUCGACAGAGAUGUGGAGUGCAUUUUCAAAUUCUUUGGUAAAAGAUACAAUUACGCGCCAACAACACUCGGCAACAAAGAAGAGUCUCAACAAGAAGAUGAGGACGCUGAAGACGAUUUGAGGCCGGUCUUUGAAGAAGUCGCAGGUCAUGCAGGUUCUCUGGACCAGGAGCUCGCAGCUAGCGGUUUUACCAAGCAGAAUCAAGAAGUUCUGGAGCAAUACGUGGAAAACGCUCCAGAAGAAGACGACGAAGACGAUUUACAAGCUGAUGAUACGUCCGAGACAGAUGAAGUCCAAGAGCCAAGCAGUAGUUCAUUUGAGCGACUCACAAUUGCGACUGAAGCAGAUCCCUCAACAACGAAUUCUCUUUCCAUCGCUGGAGAAGUGGAGGAGGGGUUGCAAAAACGGAUUGAUGGAGAAUCUCAGGAGGAGCCAUCUGACGAAGAGCAAGUUUCAAAUUCUCAAAAUCCAGAUCAGUUGAAACGACUUGAGAAGCAACGUAAACGAGUUGUUAAAGCUGUUCGGAGUGGAAGUCAACAGCGAACUAGCAGAAACGCCAGCAAAGAUAAAGGUGGCAGGAGAUCCAAACAUGUCUCCUCUGAUAUAUAAUACUGCCUCACUUGUUUACAAAGUAGGGUGUAGAAUAGACCUUUUCAAACAUGUCAAAGAUUUGUAUGUCUUAGUCAUAUAUAGAAAAUUGCCUCUUAGUCAUAUGAUUUUUGUUAGUGACACUCGUAUUUCGAAACUUAUAAGGAAAUGGUCUUCACACAGUCAGGAGGGAGGGAGGGAGGGAGUGGGGUUGAGGAAUUUUGACACUGACUAGGAUUUCGGCAGAAAUAUCGACAGGUCUCGAAAAUAAAGUACUGCAUUUAGGUUUCAUUGUACAAAGAUAGUAUAGGCACCCGACGUGCUGGAACAACUUAUUCCACCUACGGUCCAAAACGUCGCCAAUUUGGGACGAACUUAGUUACCUACAUGGAUGUUUCGUUGCACUAGUGUAGAAAUCUUGCUGAAGGGAAAGGAUUUGUAUACAAACCGGGGUGUUGUGAACCAUGUCUAGUAGUCUGCAGCUUGACGAGCAAUUUUAGAUGAAGAUAAUGGGGUUUUGAUACCAGCGUUAAAUUAUAUUCAAAUGUUUGGUUGCAAUGUACCAUAAUCAUAAAGGUUGUGAACUUGCCGACGGACACAUGUUUCUGUACGUUAUAAUAUGGGUGUGAGGCGUUUCGGAUUUAUGGUGGUAGCAAAGGCAGGUAAUAAUCUUGUUCUUUUUAAUUUGUUCCGCGAGCAUUGUGUGACUACUGCGACAGAGGA